AUGCAUGCAACUUCUUUGUCAUUUUAUGUGGGUUGGCAUAAGAUGAAGAGAUUUGGUCAAGGGAAACGGAGGAUGAGUGCUCGGACAAGCAUGGCUCAUCGAGAAGAUGUCAUUUGUAGAGUCGUAUACAAUCAACAGGUCACCGACGAGCAGCAUCCUGGUUUGUUUGUGACCUGUGGACAGAUUGAAAAACUCUUAUUGAGGCUCUCAAAUGUUAAAUGUAGUAGCUUUACGAGCUCACAAAAAGAAUAUGGUUUGUUUAAGAAUGGAGUGGAUGUUUUGUUAGGGACACAUGUCAUGUCGAAUUUGCUAGCCAAACUGGAGAAGCAUUUACAAAAAGAUCAUUGUGAAGCAAUCAAAGACUAA